AGUGUAUUCGUCCUAUCUUUGGAGAGAGUGUCUGUGUGGUGUGUGCGUGUGUGUUGGUGUCACCGUGUUUUACUCCGCGUUACCUCAAAUCUUCAUCUGUGAAUUGACCCACUGUGAUGGAGGAGGACAGAGAAGACAUAUCCGGGGGAGAAGGAGAAGGAGGAUACCACCGGGAAGCCAAGCGGCUCCGCACGGAGGAGGAGGCCGACGGAGAGGAGCUGGAGGACGGGGAGGAGGAAUCCGAGGAGGCGGUGGUGAGCAGCGGCACCACCGACAGCAGGAGCCGGAGCACCGGAGGGAAGAGCGGCGUGGACGACACUCACUGUAUCCCCCCCUCCCCGGUGGUCCACGUCCGAGGGCUCUGUGACGCCGUGGUGGAGGCCGACCUGGUGGAGGCACUCGACAAGUUUGGCAACAUCUGUUACGUGAUGAUGAUGCCGUUUAAGCGCCAGGCCCUGGUGGAGUUCGACAGUGUGGAGAGUGCCGAGCGCUGCGUGUCGAGUGGAAAUCGUGACGCGGUUUGCAUCGCCGAGCAGCAGGCCUUCUUCAACUUCUCCACCAGCCAGAGGAUCACCAGACCCACCAACAUAGACGACCCCAGCAGCGGGAACAAAGUCCUGCUGCUGUCCGUCCAGAACCCGCUGUACCCCGUCACCACCGAUGUCCUGUACACCGUCUGUAACCCGAUCGUUAACGUCCUGCGCAUCGUCAUCUUCAAACGCAACGGCAUCCAGGCCAUGGUGGAAUUUGAGUCAGUGGAGGACGCUCAGAAGGCCAAACUGGCUCUGAACGGUGCCGACAUCUACGCCGGCUGCUGCACGCUCAAGAUCGAGUACGCUCGGCCCAACAGACUGAACGUCGUCCGCAACGACAACAGCAGCUGGGAUUACACCAAACCCUUCCUCCUGCAGCGAGGUAGGACACCACACACACACACACACACACACACACACACACACACACACACACACACACACACACACACACACACACACACACCACACCACACACACUAGGAAGAAGGGCUUUUAAGAGGCUAUUUCAAUUGUGAAUAUGGCCCUAGGCGCUGAAUUCAAAAAUGUGAUCCUAUCCAAAUGUUUAGCAAGGUGAGAAAUCAAGACACAUCUGCAAAAAGAGUUAUAGAGACAUAGAAAAUGUAAUAACUAUUUAAACAUGCAAACAUAGAGAGGAGAUAUGUAUCAUGUAAACACUCCAAACCAGGAUACUAAUAUGCAUUUGAACACACUCAUAUACUUAUUAAAUAUAUGUCAUACAAUCCACUCCAGUCACAUAGGUUUCAACCUAGUCUUGUUAGAUCUGUAUAUAAUGUGAUCCCUCCAGGUGUGUGUUUUUUUCAGUAAAAUGCUCAACUGCUUUGCACAUGUCGUCCUAAAGGAACAAUAUAAUGUUCUAGUUAUGCAUUCACAUCACUAAAUGGCGGCAGUGAGAUGCAGAUAAAUGAUUCCUGGUGUGAAGGUUGACUUGAGGUGGAGCUCAGUGAGCUCUGCCUGGAGACUCAGAGGUUAAACUGCAGCCUGAAGGUGGUGCUGGGGAGGCUGAAAAUAGAUUUCCAUCACAGAGGGAGCGCUCACUUUCCCCACCCGCUGCUAAACCCGACCAUUACACCAAGACACACUUCACCCUGUUAUGUAUGUAU